UAAUCAUUUGGGGAAAGUUCUCGAAUCUCGAUCAUUUCUCUCCUCGUCCUGCUUUCCACCAAAAAAAAAAAAAUCAUCCACUUUAUCUCCUUUCUUCGAUCGCGUUUGCUUCGUCGAUUCAUCCGAUUCGCCGUCCAUGGACCUCCGCGGCGAGUCCGGCGGCGCAUCUCUCGUCGGAGAACUGGUCGGGGACGUGGUGAUGUGGCGGCGGGGCGACGUGAGCGCCGCCCUGCUGGCGGCGGCCGUCUCCGCCUGGCUGCUCUUCGGCGCCGGCGGCUACACCUUCCUCUCGCUCGCCUCCAACGUCCUGCUCCUCCUCCUCACCGUCCUCUUCCUCUGGGCCAAGGCCGCGCGCCUCCUCAACAGGCCAGAGCCACCUAUUCCGGAGAUGCACGUCUCGCAGCAGGUUGUGAAUGAACUGGCAGCCCUGCUGCAUUCGGGUCUCAACACAGUCUUCGCCGCCUUCCAUGACAUUGCGCUUGGGAAAAGCUCGGUGCUAUUUUAUCAAGUCUUCCUUGGCCUCUGGAUCAUGUCUAUCAUUGGCAGCCUAACCGAUUUCCCCACUUUGUGUUACACAAGUAUUGUGGCUGUUCUGACCAUCCCAGCAUUGUACCAGAGAUACGAAGAAUGCAUUGACAGAUACAUGAGGUUCGCGUACAUGAACCUGCAGAUGUACGAGAUGGUGUACGAGAGAUUCUCUGCCAAGUGCUUCCACAGGGCUAGGGAUUUGGUUAUUGAGGUGCUGAAAGAGCCAUGACCGGAUCAAUCUUCUGCUGUGUGUACAAGACGGUUGAAUUGGGUGUUUAAAUGGACGCUGAUUGAUUUGUUGCUUGCUGUAUAGAGUGAGAGGGAUAUAUUGAUUGCUUGUUUACUUGGAGUGCUGAUUUUGUUUGAUUGAUUUGUCAUACAAACAGCAGGGGUCUCAACGGUCAGAGAUGCACUUGUUGAGAUGCCUGUAAUCGGUUGCGUUUGUAUAGUGUGUCCAAAGGGACAACCGUGCGCAGAUUUUUGUUUUCUUUGGCCUU